GAGCGCAGCUGAGGCCGCGUCGUCCGCCAGGAGUGUUUACGCAGCAGCUCCGUGCGUGUACUUCUGUUCUGUCCUCGCUUGGUUGCCACAGGCGCUGGUCGGCAUCUGUUUGGCAGGAGGCGAAAGCUGUAGGAAUUUCUACUACAGCGGAUCAAGCUUCCUCCCCGCUCCUCCUCCUUCAAAUCUUCAGACCUCCUGGGAUUAGUUGGUUCAUUUGGACGGACAUGGCCGAUACUUUAAGGAGAUUGACCCACACAUCUUCAUUCACCGUCUUACAGGACAAACUUGAGAGCUGGCACAGAGACUACCAUGUGUUUUCCUGUGACCAGAAUCUGGACAGAUGUUGUGAGCUGAUUGAACUCACUGCCAGGAUCCAAGGCCAGCUGUUUGCCAUCCUAAACCGCGCUGCAGCUGAGGGCGGUCACUAUGCUGGCGCUGACACUCUCAAAACGCGCCUCCUGCCUUGGCUUGGAAACUGUUUCUCCGUUUGGAGGCCCUCUGUCACAGACGACAGCGAUCUGCAGCUCCUCCAGGAUUCAGCAGAGAAGGACAGAAAGAUCAGGGAGCUCUCUUUCUCCCAUGAGAGCGACAUGCAGAAUAUGGAGGCUCGGCUGAGCUCCACCCGCCUCCAGCUGGAGUCGGUCACCGCAGAACUCAUGGAUGCUCAGAAGGAGCUGGACGACACAAAGAGCAAGUCGACGACCACCCUACUCGCCACCGAGGACGAAAUCUUGCAGCUAAAAGCAGAUUUGCGUUGUGCAAACGAGCAGGUGGAGAUCUACAGGAGGAAGCUGGAGGCUCUGGGUGACUACGAGCGACAAAUUCAGCUGUUGAAGGAUGAAGUGUCUUAUCUGAACUCCGAGAAGGCCAUGCUGCAAGAGAGGUUGGUCAGAAGCCGCUCUCCGAGCCCUCUGCCCAGGCUCAGCCGAUCAUCCAGCCCGCUGAGGAGCGAGUCGCCCACCAGAGCCCAGCUCACCAACUCCUCGCGCCACGCUCGCCUCGUCUCACGUUUUGGGGAUCUGUACGCCGUGGAGCGCCUGGAGGCACAGAGCCUGCUUCGACGCUACAUCCCAGACUUGGAGAUGGUCCAGAGAAUUAUCUUCAUCGCGGCCAUGGAGUCCUUCCAACGAGCAAAGCUGGCCUACCGUCAGUUCAAGCUGCGAGUGAGAAAGACUUUGUCCGCUUCCCACUUUGGUCCAGAGAGUCUGGAGGACGCCGCCGUGGACUACAUCGUCAGAAACCUGGACCUCUAUGAUGUUCAAAGCAGUGUCAACGACGUGAUCAACGCUAUGAACGUGAACCGCCUGAUCUCCUACCCUCCAGAUGUGGACUUCAGUCUCAUCAGUCCCCUGAUCAGAGAGACCUGCCGGGUGGCUUUUGCCAUGCAGACACUGGAUCCACCUCUUGACUUGGCCUUUGCCAGUGAUGGCGAACUAUACAACGACACCAAGUACCGUCGCAGCUUUGACUCUGAGUUCACUGCUCCUCUGGUCGGCUACCACGUGUGGCCUGCCUUGGUGGAAGGAAACACGGUAGUAGUCAAAGGCGAGGCUGUGACCAGAAGAGCAGCACCUUGGAGCAGAAGCAGGAGCCGAAGUGCCAGCCCUGUACGCUCCCGGUCACUCAGCCCGUCUCGCAGUCUUAGAUUUAACAGCAAAAGAAGCCUGUCUCCUGACCGCCUCACUGCCAGUCACCUGUAAGCGCUCGCCUCAUUGGUCAGCGGUGAUGUCCACCUGCGCUUCCUGCUUGUGAAAUAAACUCUUAGGGAUCG